UAAAAUUGAUAGUUUGGCCCGCACCUUACUCUUCUCUAAAAUAUUUUGAUGUUUUUCAAAAUAUCACAGCAAAACAAAAACAUAGUUGUUGAUAAACAACAACACUAAGCAAUAACAAAAACAAAAUGUAGAAAAACAAAACAAACUACUAGCCCCCAAGAGUAUAUGAACAAAAACUCGCUGAAUAAAAUUACCAUUCAACAAAUAAAAAGCAAAGUGAUAAGUUCAGUGAAAAAUAAAGAAACUCUUAACAAAAAAACUAAAACAAACUAACAUUUAAUAAAAAGCAAUUCAUUUUAUUUUCUAUACCCAAUAAAAAAACACAAAAAUUAAAAAAAGUGUAAAACAUAUUUCAAAGAAAUACCUAAAAAGCAAACAUUUUUUUCUCCAAACAAUUUUUCUUGGUAAAAAUUGUAAUUUUUAAAUUAAAUAAAAGUGAAAAAAUUAAGUGCAUACUAGAGCAAUAGAAAAACUUGUGUUGGUUUCUUGGCAGUGGCCAUAGAAAAAAAACUUGUAACAUUACUUAACAAAGGAAUUUUCAAGAAAUAAAAUUGUUUAAUUAUUAAGAAAAGCAAAGAAUAAUCAGUGUAUUCUUGCGAAAAAUCGUUUAAAUUUUUUAUUCCCUUGAGUUAAUUACUCAGCAAGUGUUCGAUGAAUAAUUUAACAACUACUCUACGCCGUUACCCGAAAACACUUGGCAGUGUGGGCAUUUUGACCACAUGCGGCCUUAUUCUUUACGAUAAACGUCAUUUGCAAAGAUUCAUUUCGAAAUUUGUUGACAAUAGCAGCGAUAAGAAUGACAAGACUCCUGAACCGGAUUACAUCUACAUUAAAUAUCACAUCUACAAGGAAUCGAUGCGUAAAUUGAAACAACAAGAGGAAGAUGAAAAGAAAUGGAUUAGUGUUAUUGUAAAUCCAGUGGGAAAAUGGUGGAAAGCUGUAAAACAUUCGAUUGCCUGGCGUUUAUUGAAUAUAGCACAGACUGGUUCGCAUCAUGAGCGCCUAAAGGCGGUUAGACAAUUGGCACGCAUAGAUCAUUUGAAAGAUUGGGAUUUUCGUCAUUUGGCACAAAUAUGUGAUGCUCGUACGGCUGUUUCAUUGGCCCGUUCUGGAGCUGAUACCCGUUGGUUUAUACCAGUUCACAUGAAAGGUUGCAUUAAGAAUCCAAAAUUGGUAUUAUCUGAAUUACAUGGUCUUUUGGAACGUCUCAAGCCACGCUCUUGUGUUAAACAUUUCUUUGCUAAAUAUUUCCCUCAACAAGAUCCAGUGGAAGAUGUUUGUGAAUUCUUUACCCAAGACCAUCCUGUUUCGUUUAAUGUUCAAGAAACUGAUAUGCUAAAGGAAAUCAUUGCAUUUUUACAUCAUGUUACCAAAGAGCCAGAAGUGGCCGAACAAAUCAUUAAGGAAGGAGGUUUGGUACAUCUUAUGGAAUUGUGCAAGAUCUUUUCGGAUGACAAUGAAACUUUAUCUACACUCUGCAAAGUAUUGGCCAAUAUGUCGAUUAUCAAAGAUAGUGUUGAGCACUUCUUUGUUAGCGGCUGGAUAAGUGUGUUGGCAGAAUGGCAACAGUGUCCCGAUUUACGCUUGCAAGUCAUAUCGGCUAAGACAAUGGCGAAUCUCGAUCAUGAUGAUCCAAAUUAUACAGUUUACGCUCCCAAUGUUUAUCCCUUACAUCCACGUUUGCGUACUCGUGAUAAGCCAAAAGCUGAUAUCAUAUUUGUUCAUGGUCUUUUGGGUGGUGUUUUUAUAACUUGGCGUCAGAAAGAUCGUAAACCCACUGAAUUGGGUCUGUAUGGUAAAAAUGCAUUUUACACUAGUGAAACCGAUGAUGUAUUCUUGGUAGGAGAACAGAGACGUAUACAAAUGAGAAAGAAUGGCAAUGGAAAUGGCAACGGAAAUGCUAAAGAUAAAGUCAAUCCUAAGGGAAAUGUUAAGGGUAUUGCUCAAAAUGUUGCUGGAAAAGGUGUACAAUUAAUCGAUAAUAAAAAUGGUGGCCAUAAAGAAUCAGGAAGCAUUGAAACAGACGCGCUUUUGAAAGCCACUACCAAACAUUCGAAUAAACCUUUGCAAAUAAGUGAUAACGCUACCAAGGAGUUAGUUGAGACUCUACAAAAUGAGGCUGAAUUAGAUCCAGAGUGGGAAGUUGUUCAUCCCGAUGUACCUUUGGCAGCAAAUGAAAACUGUUCGGGAGAAUUCAGUGUGCCUGGUAAUGAAUGGUUAAAUCAAGAUCAUGAAGAAGAAUACACAAAUUGUUGGCCUAUGGAAUGGUUGCCAGAAGAUUAUCCCAAUACUCGUAUUAUAGGCAUAGAUUACACAUCAGCCGUUACGGAAUGGUCGGCCAAUUUCACAAAAUAUUGUCCCUGCGAAAAAGGUCAAGGACACUUGGAUGUGCGGGCCACCUCCCUCUUAGAACGUAUAACAAAGGCUGAUAUAGGCAACGAUAGGCCUGUAGUCUGGAUUGGUCAUUCCAUGGGUGGUAUAUUAACAAAGCUUAUAUUAAUGAAAGCCAAAGACAGUGCAGAUCCUCAAGCUCAACAAAUGGCCAAAAACACAAAUGGUAUUGUAUUCCUGGGUGUCCCUCAUCGUGGUUCACCCAUUGCCAAAUGGAAACAGCACAUGCAAAUGAUCCUAUCACCCUCAAUAGAAGUAAAAGAAAUGGAAGAAAAUGCUCCAAAACUACUACAAUUACAUGAACGCUUUAUGAACUGCCUACGCACAUCCUUCCGCCAUAUGAAAAUUGUCAGUAUUGCUGAAGGUUCACCCACCAUGUUGACAUCAUUCAAAUUUCCACUGCGCAUUGUUACCGAAGAGUCGGCUUGCAUAAAUCAUGGUGAUUUUUAUGUACUAAAAGACGACCAUUUGAGUUUAUCCAAGCCCAUUUUUAGGCAAUCAUUCUUAUAUAAACGUCUACUGCAGGUCAUAGAUGAAACUGUAAACGAAAAGUUGAAUCCCGAUUUAAAGGAACAACUGCCAGUAAAAAAGAUUGAAACACAUUCUCUAAAAUCUCCCACAACACUACAACAGAAUCCCAGCCUUUUACAACAAACCAAAGAUGUUUUAUCAUUUAUACCACAAAUUCUUUUCAAAUUUUCAACUACCUAAAAUUUGAAUUAAAGAUAAUAUUAUUGGUUUUUCUUCUCAAUCCUAAAUGCUCAUAUCUCAAGUAUACUACGAAGAGUUAUAAAUGAAACAGAUGUGAUAAUAAUAUUAAUUUCGUGUUAAACAAUCGGAGUAGUGUACAUAUUGUAAAUAGUAUUAUUUGUACUUAAUAUUAAUUUAAAUUCUAUGUCUAUGUAAACGUUCUGCCAUUCCCUGUUUGUUAUUAAUGCAUCACAUCAUCAUAAUUUCUUUUUAAAUGUGCAUCUAGUUUUAGUGUUAACGACUUUUCUAGAAACUUAUCAUAUAUACAGUCCAUUUUUAUACGAUAUUUCUGAAUUAAGAAUCAUAUUUUUACAUUGUUUGAAAUUUUUUUAGUAUUUUUUGUAUUUAUUUGUAAAUUAAACAUAAAAAUAAGUUAUUUUAAUUUUAUGAAAGUGUCCUUAUAUAUGAGGUAAUAAAAAUGACUCAAUUUAUGUUGUAAUUAAAUUACUUACGUAUUUUUUUAAAGAUUUAUUAAAAUAAAUGAUUUAAAUAAAA